UUUUCAGGAUUAUGUACGUUCACUUCCUUGCAAAGGUUAUUCUAGGCGUCUCGCUAGGAACGAGGUUUAUUCUUUGAUCUCUUUUUCUUUGUUUACACAACCAUCUUGUGGAGUUGUGUCGUAAGUACACAAUGACAUUUGAAUAUAAUUAUUAUUUAAAUUAGCUAAACAACGUGUAGAACAUCUUGAUAAUGUUUUUUAUUUACAAAAGGCUUAACAGCCACUUCACUAUCAUAGCGCAAAAUAUCGACAAAAACCUUGCAAAGCAGAAACGUGUAAUUUUCAAACAUUUAACAGCCAUUUAACAAAUAUAACAUGCACUGUUUAUUUAACGAAUUCUAUUAAUAUAUUCUCCCCGUGGGUAGAUUAUUGAAUACUAAUGAAAGUGGGCCAUAUGAGUUGGCAAAAUAUUCAUCUCUUUGUUUCGUUUCGCUUGAUAUGAAAACGGAAGACUUUACCGAAUGAAAACAAAGGCUUAGUAUAGUCACGGCACAUGCCUUGUAUAAAUUAACCAGACUUUCAACGUACUUUAUCAAGUAUCAUAUAUCUUGUGUCUCGUUGGGUGGCAGAUAUUUGACACUUGCUGUUGAAAGCCUAUCCUAAAUCGGCCAGUUCUUACUGAUUGUAAAGAUUUUUGUCUUUAAAAAACAUCGUGACCAAAGUCCUGCGAUUAUUCUACGUCUAUCGUCAGGUCAAUACCGAAUAGACAAUAUACGAAGCUCCCAUGAAUAAUUACUGAAUUUCAGAGUUAGGGAAGUACGGUACGUGUAUUAAUACAGCAUUAAUUCAGGUGUCUGGCUAACAGAAUGAGCGAAAUAUGGCGAGACGAAGUCCACGAGAAAGAUCGAAAGGAAAAACUCGCCACUUAUCUCUUCGCAAUGAAAGAAGAUCUGUCAGAAUGGAUUGCUGGACUUAUGAAUAUAUCUGUAAGCGCAGAUACAUUCAUGAGUGUUUUGGAUAACGGGAUACAUUUAUGUCGCCUCGCGAACAUGAUUCAAAAAGCAGCUGAAAAAUACUUGGCAGAAAACGCCGAAUCUUCGCUGAAGUUGCCAGAAUUUGUACCAACGUACAAUGAACGUAGAGCUAGCCAUGGUUCAUUCGUUAGUCGAGACAACGUCGCGAAUUUCAUUCGUUGGUGUCGAGCGUUGGGAAUUACCGAUGUUAUUAUAUUUGAGUCUGAAGAUUUGGUUUUACAUAAAUUUCAAAAGCCUGUUAUAUUAACUUUACUAGAGGUGGCAAGAAGGGCUUCUAAGUUUGAUAUAGAGCCACCAGAUUUGGUUAUAAUGGAGGAACAGAUAGAUGAAGAGAUUGCUCUAGAAGCACAGGCUAUUGCUCUGGAACAAACGGGGGAAGAUGUUACUCCAGUAUCACAAGUUCGACUACAAAACAAUUGCGAUGCUACAAAGCCUGUUGUUGUGAAAUCCAAGAAGAAACACGCCAAACAAAAGGUCAAGAAUUUCAUCCCAAAAAAUCUCGACACUUUGGUGAAAGAAGUGGUUCAACAAUGCACAUGUGAGGAUUCGUUUCCUGUUGAAAAAAUUGCCGACGGAAAAUAUAAGAUUGGUGAGAACAGAGUUCUUAUCUUUGUUCGAGUGAUGAGGAACCACGUGAUGGUCCGCGUGGGAGGAGGAUGGGACACACUUGAGAAUUACAUUCAAAAACAUGACCCGUGUCGAGCUGGAGGACGUUCAAGUAUUACGACUGGUGGUGGAAGGCAACGUUCAAAAUGCCAGACACCAAACCAUCAGCAGCAUCAUCACCAUCAUGACCACGAGAACACCAUUCUUCAUUCAGCCAGUAACACAAGUGUUGCUAGUAAUGACAGUACUUCCUCCAGCUCUUCCUCGGUAUCACGGCUGUCCCCAGUCAAUAACAACAACAGCGUUUUACAGGGUAUGGUGUGCGUGUUUGGAGAGUCUGGUUCCCAUCCGGAGAUUGUUUCCUUAGAGAAAACAUCUCCAUCAAAUGAGCAAACCAAGUUACUAAACCCUCCUGCUAAAAGUUCGGCUAAGAGAAAAAAUAGUGCACCUUCAAAACAAUCAGGGGGAGGCAAGGACCUGGGAUCAAGAAAUAACAGUUUGAAUGAUGUUAGAGAUAGUGGGAUUGUGGUUGGAAGAACGAAACACUCAAGUAAUAAAACACCUGUUAAAAACACUCAGGCAUCGCGGGCUAGCCUUCAACAAGCUGACCUGACUUUCAGCAGGUCUAAAACAAGUGAUGCCAUUCUAAGUCGCUGUAAACGACGCGAAACUGACAGCCCAAGUUCUGUCAUGAAACGACGCGGUAAUGGAAAUCUUUCGCGCGAACCUUCCUCGGAGAAUAUGAGGAGACCCAAAUCUACAGGACGUCGGAAAAGCGUCGGUAAGCGAUCGCCGGAGAUUCGUCGAAGGUCGGCAGUGUCGCCGGCUCCAGCGCGAAGGAAACUGGAGGAUGAAUAUGAGGCGAGUGCUGUGAAGAAGAAUGAUAUGAAAGCUGAGAGAAAGAGCGCUUUAAGAAAAGAUUUGAAUGAAAAUAAUUUGAUGUUCUCACGAUCAUUUUCUGCUGACACAAUCAUGCGAGGUCGUGGGGCAAGAAGGCAAGCUGAUACACCGCAAAAUUCUCCACGAAACUCCAUGAUAAGAGAGUAUGGAACACCCUCAAGGAUUCCAGGGCCUGUCACUACAUAUGGGAAACCAAGGGCAUUCAAUAGGACUUACAGGUUGAAUGAUGGGUCUUCGAGUGCCUCGAAUGGGGUGAACGAUGGAUCAUUAGCAAAUGGGGAUGAGGGUUCAAUAGAGAUAUCAAGGGGUAACAAUAGGUUGGAUCAAGGGAUAAAUAAGUGCAUCCAUUGUGCUAGUCGAAGCUGUACAUGUGAUGAAGGUUUUAUAGACGAUGAGGUCACACGCACGCCGUUACGGCCAACCAGUUUGUUCCAUAAUCAUCACAAUGACUUGGAUUAUAAAAAUAAAGACGCUAAUUGCAGUUCUAAUGGUAAUUGGAAUGGUAAUAAUCAUCUCAACUACGAGAAUUCUAUGUACUUAGACAUUCCUCAGCAACAUAAUGGUGAUGGAUUUUCAGGGAAUUCAGACUCACUAGAAUGGAAGGAUGUUGUGACGGAUAUUUUGAACUAUGAAGAAAACAGAAUCACAGAUAAAAAUUUAUGACUUUACUCAUGUUAAAUUAAGAUUGGGUUAAAAGAAAGGGGGGAUAAAAUUCCUAUGUUAUUUAUUAGUUUUGAUGGAGAAAGAUAAUGUAUAUUUAAAACGGGGAAUUGGAAGGAUGGAACACUUCAGAACAGCCUUUUUUUUGCGUAAUUCACUCUCUGAAAUCAUGUAAGAGCCUUUAAUUACAUAAAUAUCCAAGUUGUGUUAUUUUUCUUUUGUAGUAAACGAACAUCAAUAAAGUAUUUAUAACAAAGAA